AUGUUUAUACGAGUGGGCAGACGUCGAGUGCUCUUGAUUGUCACAAUCCUCGUCCUUGCUACCUGCUUCCUAAUGCUUCUCUUACUGAAGCCCUACCCUGUAAAUCCAAAUUCCCCUUAUGCACUAUGGAGAUCUAAAGUUAAUUGUGACUGGAAUAAGGUGAUAACUGGGAAUACCAGCGGCAUUUACGAGUUCAUUCUAUGUUAUAAUGUCAGAGAUAUUGAAAAUGGGCUGGAAGAGACUGAGCUUACAACAAUCCAGGAGUCGAAAAUUCGAAUAAAUGGCAGCAACAAAAUGUUGACUUUCGAGGAAUUGUCUAAAAUACCCGAUAAUGAAUGGCUUCCAGACUUUGAUACCUCCGUAUACAAGCUUUAUCCACAAACCAUUCCGUUAAAUGAAACCACUUUAUUAAUUAAACUAAAUAAAUCGUUGAAGAAGCCUCCAAUCAACAACCCGACGAUACGAUUUCUUCAAGUUCCAUCUAAAGUUUGUCCACCCGUGGAGAUUGAAUAUUCUGAAAUAGGCAUAACGAAUGUACCACACCACGAUGUUGUUAUCAUCUACAAAUCAGCGGUUUAUAAUUUUGAGUCGCGAAAUCGAAUAAGAAAAUUCUACCACCUUGACAGAUAUGAUUUGAAAAUUGAUUUAGUCUUCUCAAUUGGUAUGCCAACUACGAUGGAAAGUAAUGUUUUUCAACGCGAUGGUUUCAAUGUUACAUUAACUGGAAGAGCUGGAAAAAAGAUGUUGGAGCAUAUUCAAUCACCCCAGGAAACCUUUGACACGCUGAAGCAGGAGAUGAAAGAACAUCAUGAUCUACUAAUUGGUGAUUAUGAGGAUACCUACUUUAACUUGACCUUAAAACUCUUCCACUCAUACCAUUGGGCUGCCCAAUUUUGCCGUCGUUAUAAUCCCAUUUUCAUUUUCAUGGAGGACGAUUAUGCUGUGAAUCCUAAAAAACUUGUAGACUACUUGAAAGGUCUAACACCAAUAGAACUUCAUAGGCUCAACAAUGGUUUUGAGCGGCCUGAGAAUGUGGUCUUCAGACCAUCAAAUCCCGUCAAUCUCCAAUGGACCUUUUCAAAGAAAGAGAUUCCUUGGCCGACGAAUAUGCCUGAGUAUCUUGGUAGCUAUAACUUGUUUGGAUACUCAGUCGUUGAAGAUAUAGCUAUAGGAAUGUAUUUUACCAAACCCAUUGUUUCCGACAACACAUUUCUUGCGAUAAUUAUGAAUAAAUUAAAUCUCCCAUUGUUAGGAUUGGACAGAAUGACGUUUGGCGAUAUGUUACCGAAGAGGAGGCAUGCAUGCACCAAAAUCUUGUUUGCUACUUUGGAUGUUUUUGAAGCUCGCAGGUGUUCCUUCUAA